CGGAAAUAGCAACACGCGCGACGAAUUUUCGUAUAAAAGAGGCAUCCGACUAGCAACCAGCAUCAAUCUCGAAACGUUCAGCAAGCAAUUAGCAGCAAACGACAAGAGAAACUCAUUUCAACAUGUCUCGCAAUAUGUUAGUACUCUUCCUUUUCGUGGCGAUCGUCGCUACUGUCAUGAGCAAUAAAAAAGUUAAACCAGUUGAUAAAGUGCCAAUAAAGUGCGGUAAGAACGAGGUGUUCAAUAAGUGCGGACCUGUCAUUCAACCGAGCUGCGACAAUCUUAAACCCAAGAACUGUGAGAAAAAAUGCGUCAAGGGUUGCUUCUGCAUAGAAGGUAUGGUGAGAAACGCGAAAAAUGAAUGCAUCCGUCCUUGCGAAUGCGAUUGCUAAUCAGGAUAUCCACGAUGAAGAAACGCGCUUGCUAUCACGGCCCGUAAAAGCUUCUAUACUUGUGCAAUUAUCCCCAAAUAUCUCUAUAUAAAACAUAUGUAGUCACGUGAUUCGAUAAUAAAUACUGCAUUCCGGAAAAUUA